AUGUCCAGCAGCGCGAGUGACGAGCGCCGACGAAGCAGUCUCGGUGGCUCGACGCCGAGCCCGGGCGCCCGCUUCCUGAGCCCACUCAAGCGCAAGCAUUCGCUUGAUAGCGGCCUCGGGUGCCAACGCCGCCAGCGCAGCCGCCUCGUGCCUGCCAAGGGCAGCACCGCGAGCGAGGCCAGCCCCGUCCUGCGCCGAAGGAAGAGCACGAGCUUCGUUGGCGACGUGACGCUGACGCAUAUUCCGGCUUCGACGCCACUUCGACAAGGCAAAAGCACCGUCGAUGACACCGAUUCGACCCGGAUCAAGUCGGCCCCUGCAGACGAUCCGCGCAAUGCGACGCACGCCAGCACAGCAACCUCGCUUGGACGACCCCCGCGGGUACCGUGUGAAGAAGUCGAUACAGUGAGCGCAUGCGGCGCAUCCCAAGAUGAACCCGUGGACCUCUCGAUGCUGCCGAGCGACAGCGACAGCUCGGACGAGGGAAUGUCGCCGCCAGGUCCAAAGCACGAGCUUGUACCGUCAAGCCCCACGACGAGCGCGUCCGACACUGCGUGGCUAUCCGAACACGCUCCAACGUCGUUGAACAUGCUGCGGCACGACGACGUGGCCAAGCUCAUAUCGCUCCUCACCUCGGGCACGGACAUCGCUUUGAUGGUGGACUUCCUCCACGUCCUUAUCAAGAAAACGCUGGCGCUGUCGGAUCGCUAUGCGCUGGACGUGUACCGGGAGCACCACGAGUCCAUCGUCCGUCUCCGACACAUGGAAGGCUACGAGCGACUUCGCGCGGCCAUACACGCGCUCUUGGUCGAGAUGCACCGGCAGUGGGCCAUCCUCACAGAUACCACCUGCAGUGUCUAA